CUCUUUUUCCGACAGCUCCAAUAUAGUCAUUUGGAUUAGACAACAUGGCUCGGGGACCCAAGAAGCAUCUUAAGCGACUCAAUGCUCCCAAGCACUGGAUGCUUGACAAACUUACCGGCACCUGGGCUCCCAGACCCAGUGCUGGUCCCCACAAGUUGAGAGAGUGCCUGCCCUUGAUCGUUUUCCUCCGAAACCGUCUCAAGUACGCUCUCACCCACAAGGAAGUCAAGUCCAUUGUUAUGCAGAGGCUCAUUAAGGUCGAUGGCAAGGUCCGCACUGACAUCACCUACCCCGCUGGCUUCAUGGAUGUCAUCUCCAUUGAGAAGACCGGUGAGCACUUCCGUCUCGUCUUCGACACCAAGGGCCGCUACACCAUCCACCGCAUCACUGCUGAGGAGGCCAAGUACAAGCUCGGCAAGAUCAAGCGCGUCGAGGUUGGCGCCAAGGGCAUCCCCUUCGCUGUCACCCACGAUGGCCGCACCUUCCGCUACCCUGAUCCCCUCAUCAAGGUCAACGACACUGUCAAGAUCGAUCUCGAGAGCAACAAGAUCGUCGACUUUGUCAAGUUUGAGGUCGGCAACAUUGCCUACAUCACCGGUGGCCACAACAUGGGUCGCAUUGGUACCAUCACCCACCGUGAGCGUCACCACGGUGGCUUUGACAUUGUCCACGUCAAGGAUGCCCGUGAGAAUACCUUUGCCACUCGUCUCUCCAACGUCUUCGUCAUUGGCCAUGGCAACAAGCCCGAGAUCUCCAUCCCCAGAGGCAAGGGCAUCAAGUACACCAUUGCCGAGGAGCGUGACAAGCGCAGAGAACAAGCUUCUCAAUAAAUGCACAUAUUGAAAACUUGACUCGGGAACAGAAAUACAUGCCUUGUCACCCAUA